AGAGAGCCGCCGAGCCGAGCCGAGCCGAGCCCCAGCCCCAGCGAGAGAGCGGGCAGCUGGCCCAGGCGCGCAGCGGUGAGGACCGCGGCCAGAGCUCGGCGCCAACCACCGCGGGCCUCCCAGCCAGCCCCGCGGCGGGGCAGCCGCAGGGGGGCCUUCUCGGAGGUGAUCCUGGCAGAAGAUAAGAGGACGCAGAAGCUGGUGGCCAUCAAAUGCAUUGCCAAGAAGGCCCUGGAGGGCAAGGAAGGCAGCAUGGAGAAUGAGAUUGCUGUCCUGCACAAGAUCAAACACCCUAACAUUGUAGCCCUGGAUGACAUCUAUGAGAGUGGGGGCCACCUCUACCUCAUCAUGCAGCUGGUGUCGGGUGGGGAGCUCUUUGACCGUAUUGUGGAAAAAGGCUUCUACACGGAGCGGGACGCCAGCCGCCUCAUCUUCCAGGUGCUGGAUGCCGUGAAAUACCUGCAUGACCUGGGCAUUGUACACCGGGAUCUCAAGCCAGAGAAUCUGCUGUACUACAGCCUGGAUGAAGACUCCAAAAUCAUGAUCUCCGACUUUGGCCUCUCCAAGAUGGAGGACCCGGGCAGUGUGCUCUCCACCGCCUGCGGAACUCCGGGAUACGUGGCCCCUGAAGUCCUGGCCCAGAAGCCCUACAGCAAGGCUGUGGAUUGCUGGUCCAUAGGUGUCAUCGCCUACAUCUUGCUCUGCGGUUACCCCCCCUUCUAUGACGAGAAUGAUGCCAAACUCUUUGAACAGAUUUUGAAGGCCGAGUACGAGUUUGACUCUCCUUACUGGGACGACAUCUCUGACUCUGCCAAAGAUUUCAUCCGGCACUUGAUGGAGAAGAACCCAGAGAAAAGAUUCACCUGUGAGCAGGCCUUGCAGCACCCAUGGAUUGCAGGAGAUACAGCUCUAGAUAAGAAUAUCCACCAGUCGGUGAGUGAGCAGAUCAAGAAGAACUUUGCCAAGAGCAAGUGGAAGCAAGCCUUCAAUGCCACGGCUGUGGUGCGGCACAUGAGGAAACUACAGCUGGGCACCAGCCAGGAGGGGCAGGGGCAGACGGCGAGCCAUGGGGAGCUGCUGACACCAGUGGCUGGGGGUGAGGAGCGGGUUCUGCAGAAGGGCAUGGGUGGUCCACAAAGGCGCACCCGGGCUGGAGUGGAGGGCCUGCCCCUGCGGCCAGCUCUGUUCUCUCUUCCCAUGCAGGGCCGGCAGCUGGCUGUUGCUGUCGAGACUGCUGCGUGGAGCCGGGUGCAGAACUGUCCCCCACACUGCCCCACCAGCUCUAGGGCCCUAGACCUCGGGUCAGGAUCUUCUGCGUGGGAGGGCUUGGGGGCAGCCUGCUCCCCUUCCCUCCCUGAACCGAGAGUUUCUCUGCCCUGUCCCCUCCUCACCUUCUUCCCUACCACUCCUCACUGCAUUUUCCAUACAAAUGUUUCUAUUUUAUUGUUCCUUCUUGUAAUAAAGGGAAGAUAAAACCA